UCUGCCGUCGACUCUUUUCCUCUGUCGAGCUCCGCCGCCGGUGACUGUUCUCGGUGUUUGAUGUUGACUGAAUGAGAGAAGGAUGUGGUCUUUCUUUGCAAGGGAUCCUGUUAAAGACUUCAACUAUGAAAUUUUACCGGAAAAUCAGGAUAAAUCGGGUAUAUGGACUCUUCAUCGAGGAAAACGCAAGACAACUGGAGAGCCAGUGUCUGUCUUUUUGUACGAAGUGGCCCAGGGAACAGAGGAGCAGACACAACUGGCCAAAGCAGCUUUCAAGCGCAUGAAGACUCUGAGGCAUCCCAACAUCCUGUCCUAUGUAGAUGGUUUGGAGACGGAUAAAAGCCUGUACUUGGUCACUGAGCCAAUUACUCCCCUUGCUGCACACUUGAAAGCUCGGGCAGAGGGUGGGGGCUCAGGGGAGCUGGAGAUUUCCUGGGGCCUUCAUCAGAUUGUGAAAGCACUGAGUUUUUUGGUGAAUGACUGUCAUCUUCUCCAUAAUAACCUUGGGAUGUGGGCGAUAUUUGUGGACCGAGCGGGUGAAUGGAAACUAGGAGGGUUGGAUCACGUGACCUCAGACCAAGGUGAACCCUCCUCCUUACCUCCAGCCAAAGUGGUGAAUCCUGACUUGGAGAAGUAUGACCCCCCAGAGAGCCCCAACAGUGGAGGAGAGAAGUGGUCAGGUGAUGUGUGGAGGCUGGGUUGUCUAAUUUGGGAAGUGUUUAAUGGACCUCUGCCUCGUGCCUCAUCUCUACGAUCUCUCGGCAAGAUCCCAAAGCAGUUGGUACCACAUUAUUGUGAGCUGGUAGGGGCAAACCCAAAGGCUCGGCCAAAUCCAGCACGCUUCUUGCAGAAUUGCCGCUCUGCUGGAGGCUUUCUAAGCAACAGCUUUGUGGAGAGUAACCUCUUUCUGGAACAGAUACAGAUUAAGGAGCCAGCAGAGAAACAACAGUUUUUCCAGGAUCUAAGUGAUAAUCUGGACUCCUUCCCUGAAGAUUUCUGUAAACACAAAGUUCUGCCUCAGCUUCUCACAGCCUUUGAGUUUGGCAAUGCUGGUGCAGUUGUGCUCACACCACUCUUUAAGGUGGGAAAGUAUUUGUCUGCUGAAGAAUAUCAACAGAAAAUCAUCCCGGUCAUAGUGAAGAUGUUCUCCUCUACUGAUCGAGCGAUGAGGAUACGACUUCUGCAGCAGAUGGAGCAGUUUAUUCAGUAUUUGAAUGAGGCAGCAGUCAACUCUCAAAUAUUUCCUCAUGUAGUUCAUGGCUUCACAGACACAAACCCAGCCAUUAGAGAACAAACCGUCAAGUCUAUGCUUCUGUUAGCUCCUAAGCUGAACGAAACCAACCUGAAUCAGGAGUUGAUGCGGCACUUUGCAAGACUGCAGUCUAGAGAUGAUCAGGGUCCUAUCCGCUGUAACACCACUGUUUGCCUGGGCAAGAUUGCCCCCUAUCUUAAUGCAGGGAUGCGCCAACGAGUGUUGACUUCCGCGUUUUCCCGAGCCACUAAAGACCCCUUCCCUGCAUCACGGGCAGCUGGCGUGCUGGGCUUUGCUGCCACACAUCAUUAUUAUAGUGUGAGUGAAUGUGCCGCACGCAUCCUGCCCACCCUCUGCCCACUCACAGUGGACCCUGACAAGAACGUCCGAGACCAGGCAUUUAAAGCCAUUAAGAGUUUUCUGAGUAAGCUGGAGACUGUUUCUGAUGACCCAUCUAAACUAGCUGAAAUGGAAAAGGAUGUAACUGCGUCUGCACAGGCUGGUGGUUCAGCAGCGACGUGGGCAGGCUGGGCAGUGACGGGCGUCUCCUCGCUCACUUCCAAACUCAUACGCAAUGCACCUGCAGGCAGUGAAGGGGCAGCAGCUGGUAACGCAUCCACACCUCAGCCUUCAGCUGCCACAGGUGCAACAAAUGCAGCAGGCUCAGAGACACAGGCGCUCACUCCCAGUGCACCUACAUUAUCUACUCUUCCUAAUCAAUCCGAAGCUGCAAAAGAGGCAGAGGAAGCAGUUGGAGAUCGAUGGGAUGAUGAAGACUGGGGAAGCCUUGAGGAUCCUGAGAAAGCACAGACCGACCCAGAUGACUGGAACUCUGAUUGGUCCACUAUGUCUUCAACCCAGAAAAAAAGCAGUGUUGGUAGGACUUCCUCUGGAGCUAUGAAAAAGCAGAGUUCAGAUUGGAGCAGUUCUGGCUGGGAUGCUGAUGACAGCUGGUCCAACGAGAAGGACGCAGAUGGACAAGGUCAGAGUUCACCUGCUGAUGAGGGAUGGGGUAACGACUGGGAUGACGAUGGGGCUCUUGCAGAGAGCUUCACCCCAACACCACGGAAUACUACUCCUUCUUCUUCCUCAGCUUUCAUCCCUAAGAGUACCAGUGCGAGCCCUGGACAGGAAGCUGUGCGACUGGCCAGUGACUAUAACUGGGACAGUGCAGGUGGGAAAGGGACAACAUCUGAUCUGCUCUCUAGCAUAUCCCAGAGGGCCAGCCCUGCUGCUGCUUCUAUGAAGGCUGAUGAUGGCUGGGGACCGAAUGCUGCAGGUGACUGGGGAACGGAGGAGAACUGGGAGUCACUGGAUGGGGAUCAGGGUCUUAGUAAGGCAGAGUUAGCCAAGAAGAAGCGUGAGGAAAGAAGAAGAGAGCUGGAGGCCAAGAGGGCAGAGCGGAAGGCAGCCAAAGGCCCUCUCAAACUGGGUGCACGCAAGCUGGACUGAGAAAUGAAGCAACCAGAACAGACGCAUGGCAAAGCUGAGGUCCCUGAUGGAUCGGUAGAAGGUCAUUGGUCAGUGCUUGAUCUUAAGGAAACAUUCCAUGAUCCAUGAUGUUGAAGUUGGAGGAAUCGGAACUGCUAUUUCUUUGGUUGUUGGAUGGGGCGGAGUGAAAGUGAUAUCAUAGUCACCCGUCAACUAGAUAUGUUUGAGUAAUGGACAACACAGCCUAAACUACGAUAUUUAUAUCGCCUCUGCUAUUAGAAUCAUACCAUGGUCCUUUUUAUACUGAUUACAGUAUCAGUUCAUCGUGUGCAUGGACACAUUUGCUGGACAAUGGCACUGAGAGUCAGACUUUUUUUUUAUAUUAAAAAAUAUGUGUACUUCAACCUAGAUAUUGUAGUAUGUGUGUAUGUUAAAUAUACACUUAACACUGAACGCUUGAACCCUGAGAGGAAAUCUGUUGGAUGAAAGAGACUCAAAGUGCUUCUGCAGUUAAAACCCUGUCACACAAUCACUGUCCCAGGCAGACCUGCAUAAUUCCAGUGCUUGCAUGAACAGAAAUAUGUUACGAAAAACAAAUUAACCAUGACAGCCUCCACAUGCUGUCGCAGGGCUUGCGACAAUGUAUGGUGAGGGGUGUUCCUUCUAUUUUUGCUUUGUGCCUUCUUUUUCUUUUCCUUUUCUUUUUGUAGAAGUACUGUAUGAUAUGGUGUGGGAAGCAUUAAGAUGUGGAACGAUAUACAUUUUUUAAUAUUAUUUUAUGACAUGCCUUUGGUCUGAAUGUUGGUUUUUAUGAUCUGGUGCAAUAUCUUGAGGAGGGUGAAUCGUGUAUUAUGUGCACUCUUGAAAAUACAACCUUAAGAAGUAAUAGUGAUUAUAAUAAAAAUUGAAGGGAGCUUGCCUCCCCAGACAUACUGUGCCCUGUUUUUGCCUGUUGCUCAACCACAGUGCAAUGCACUAGCUUUCUCUUGCCAAGCACUGUGUAAGCAGCAACAAAGGUCUCCUUCAGCAAGCUGUUCUGGACACAAAAACUGGCAAAGUGCUUUAUUGUGUACCCUAAAUCUGCCUUCCUUGCAUUAUUAGGUUAGUGGGGUUUGCAUGUUAGUAGGUUGCAGAGAGAAAUGCCAGACUCUGACGUGUAAGAUUGUGAAAAAUGGAAAAUUGUCCAUUGUGGUGUAAAAACAACCAGUCCAAAAGUAGUUUUGCCAGUUUAUUGGAUGAAACCGCUGGACAAAACAAUUUUUUGAUACUGAAGAAAAAUAUGAAAAAUAUAAAUCAAGACAAAAAUCAUGCUAAAUAUGAAAAAGUUUAACAAAGGUGAAAGAGAAAAAAUUAAAUUGGCUUGAGAGCCAUUGAAGCGCCCAUCACCCCAGUGUGGACUCAGCUGCGCUCUUUCUCCCUUAUAGGCCAAAACAAUGAGUUCAGGCUUAUCUCUCCAAGUCUCAACCAUCCAUCCUCUGUCCCGAACUCUCCUGUUUUCACCAUAGGAAUUUAUUGCACCCCGGCACAUCUGAAGUGGCCUUUUGGGGCCCUACACAGACGAGCGACACAGACUGCGCACACUAAGCUUUACUCCCCUUAGAAAACAUACAUUGUAAUACACAUAAGAAUACAUUGUAAUACAUACAGAUGACAGUCAAACCAUGACCGGGAGCACCCGAUUUUUAUACUACUGACAGAAUUGUUGAUAAAAUACAUCUGAGUCAUCAUUAAUAAGAGGUUUGCAGCAAUCAUUACUUUAGAAGUUAUUAAAAUAAAGUAUAAAGUAACCCUACCUGGGCCUAUCUGGCUCGGUUAAAAAGUUAGGUCUUACACUUCCAGGCGAGAGGGUGUCAGUGCCAGGCACUGUUGCAGUGUUAGAAAGAUAGAUAAGAGAGAUAAGCGGACACCUGCCUUGUGCUAGCCUUUAAUGAGGAAUAAAUAAGCAGUUUAAUGAGGAAAUAGAUAAGCAGUGAGCAGGAAUGGGCCGUAACUCUUAAAUAAUUAGGAAGGUGCCCAGCUCGAGGUCAAGAAGGCCCGAUAUGGAGAGUCAUAAAAAAUGGUCUUUGUCUGACAAAGCAUAUAGGUGUCUAAAAGAAAAUUUAAUAUAGCGAAUAUAAUGAUAGCCAAUGAGAACCCGAGGAUGUUCAGCAGGGCGGAGUAAAGAAAUCACCCCAGGGGAGGGGUGAUGAGCACAUUUGGAAAAAAAUAUAAAAACUGAUGUAUUGUGUUGAAUCUCCGCGUUUUGGAUUCUGGGAGCCAUCUUGUCAUUUGAAACUUAAUAAAAACGUUUUCCUUCCUCAAAAGAA